AUGGCGGAAGAACAACUCAGCCAAUUGGCCCACAAGGUGUUGAAUCAGUGCAUACAGGAAAGACAGACCAUACAUUCACAGUCGAUCGUGAAUGUCGUUCCUCCAGAAAAUGAGAAGGAAAUAGGCGCCUUCGUUAAACCAUCUCAACUUCCUGCCUCCGUGGACACUACGCUAUCCCGUGCCGAGAAAAUCUUCAACUACCGGGUUCGCAUGGACCAUCCUCGAUUCUUUGGCUUUAUCCCAUCUCCAGCAUCCGACUUAUCCUGGCUGGGGGAGGUGCUCAAUUCUGCAUAUAAUACACAUGCUGGUAGCUGGUUCCAAAGCUCUGGACCUAGCGCAGUAGAAAAGCAUCUACUGUCUUGGCUAUCAAGGGAUAUUAUUGGAUUUCCCGAGACGGCAGGGGGAUGCUUUGUUUCCGGAGGAUCUAUGGCUAACCUGUCGGCUCUCAUGGUGGCGCGAGAUCAGAAGCUUACUUUCGAAGAAAGAAGUAGAGCUGUGGCAUACACUUCCGACCAAACACACUCAUCCUUGGCCAAGGGCCUGAGUAUCCUAGGCUUUCAUCCUAGCCAAGUGCAGAAGAUAGUCUGUGAUGAUGGCACGAUGAGAAUAAGUACUUCUGCACUUAGAUCGGCAAUAGAACACGAUAAGUCAAUUGGCAAGAUCCCCUUUCUUAUUGUUGGCAAUGCGGGAACCACAAACACGGGAAGUGUUGAUCCAUUCAUCGAGCUUGCGGCUAUAGCAAAGGAACAAAAUUUAUGGCUGCACGCUGAUGGCGCAUACGGGUCAUCUGUUCUGCUAUGUCCAUCACGUCGACACAUUCUGAGUGGACUUGAUCGUUGCGAUAGUCUUUCCUGGGAUGCGCACAAGUGGCUCUUUCAAACGUACGGUUGCGGCAUGGUCUUUGUACGGCAUCGGAAAAUGCUUACAGACAGCUUUGGAACCACAGCGGAAUAUACCCAAGACGCUGCUGAGACAGCCGAGUCCUUGCCCAAUUUCUGGAAUUAUGGACCAGAGCUCACUAGACCUGCAAGAGCAAUGAAGCUUUGGUUUUCGUUCCAGCUUCUCGGGUUAGAUGCUAUUAGCAAAGCUAUUGAGCAUGGCUUUGUAUUGGCGGAGACGGCUCAAUCAUCGUUAGAGGAUCUGUCCGACUGGGAGAUUCUAUCGCCGGCACAGAUGGGUAUUAUAUGCUUCCGAUUUAACCCGUCAGGGCUAACUGUCCCAAAUCUGGAUGACUUGAAUUUGAGAAUUUCACAAGUUGCGACUGAGAGGAAGCUUGCAGCGCCGUUGACGACAAGAAUACGUGGGGUUUUGGUUCUGAGAAUGUGCUCUAUACAUCCUGAUUUAAGUUGUGAUGAAAUGGUAUCAAUUAUAGAGGGACUGGAUGCUAUCGCGCGCUCACUUGUGGCGGACUCGAACAGCAAGCCGGAUGGGAUGUAA